AAAUGGGGUGAUACCCUUUCCUCUAAAAUAGUUUCCGCAUUCAUCUCUCUCCUCGAUCCCGACGAACUUCCCACAACAAACGAGCUCAAAUGGCGGUUGCUAAUGCCAAUGCUGCUGCGGCUGCGGCUGCGAACGCUAAUGCUGCGGCAAUGUCAGUCGCUAAUGUCGCAUUAGCAACAACUAUGAUGAACAAUGAUGCCAACUUGAUGAAUCGGGGCGCCAAUGGGAGUGUGAUUCGUCGUGGCAGAGCAACGACGAAAAGGGAUAGGGAGAUUUAUACCCCUACCCCUCCCGCUAGCCCUGAUGGUGCUACGGGGUUGGGUGGUUCGUAUGGAACUGGAAGCGCUGGGAAUGGGGGGAGUAUAACACUUCAUCCGGUUUCUGAAAGGGCUGGGGGUGAUCCGUAUCCGGGACAUGGAGCAACAUAUGGUGCAUUGUCUUCUCUUUCAUAUUCUCAUGGUGUUGGUGCCACCACUGCCGCUGGUGUCGGUGUUGGAGUUGCCGUAGGUGGAUAUGGUGUCCCUAUGAGCAAUGGGAACGGAAUGAAUGGGUAUGGCGUCUAUGGCGGGCAGACGGAGGGGCCUGUGGUAUUGUUUUCACCAACAGAUUACCCUCAACCUCCCCAACCUCAUUCGCAUUCACAUCCUCAUUCAAGAGGAAGUGAGGGCCAUAGAGAAGCUGGUAACCCUUCCUCGAGCUACCCUUCUCCUUCGAGUCAUUCUGGAACUGGUGCCGGUGGGAACGGUGUGAAUGGGACCAGUGGAACUACCGGCGGCGCACACCCUGGAAUACAUCGUUCUAAUUCUUAUGCUUCUCAUCAUUCGAGCACGCAUAAUUCGCCAUAUCACUCUGCUGUUAACAUUAAUUCUGGAUCUCACCCCAACUCGAAUUACGCCUCUUCCACGCAUUCUUCACCUGCUGCCAGUGUUAAUGGGCAGGAUGAUCGACAUUCUCAGCAUUCCGGGCAUCACGGUAGUACCCUAAAGUACUACGUGCCUCAUCAUUCCUCGUACGAGGAUUACAGCUCUGUCGUUUCCAUACCUAUAGGUGCGGCGGCGGGUAUGGGGAGUGUUAACUUGUCCAGUGUCCUUCCUUCGUCUGCCGAUUCGAGUGGCGCAAGUGGAGCAGCUGCAAGUGGGGCCUAUGCGUAUCACCUUCCUCCACUUAGCACGUCUGUUUCUACAGCUUCUUUGGGAUCGUCGCCUUCUUCGAGUCAAUCCUCCAUUUCACCUUCAGGUCAUGGCCAUUCUCAUCCUAAUGCAAACGCGAGCGGAGCGACCCCAUCUUCGUCAAGGGGAGGUCAACAUCUGCCACCUAUUUCCACCAGUCCGUCUGCUUCGUCUAUCCUUUCACCAUUAUCUGUGUACGAUUCUCCUCAUCUUCCCUCUUCGGCGACAGCGACUGGAGCGGUGGCUGGUUGUGGUGAGUACAGUGCGGGCUCAGAUGUAAACGUCAAGGUAGAGUCGCCUGGGUCUGGCGGCAAUUCACCUCAUUUGGCCCACCAUCAUCAUCAUCAUCACCUUUCGCAUCAUGGUCAUGGCCAUGGGCAUCAUCAGGGUGCGAAUGCUGCUAGUGGGUAUGGGACGCAUGGGGAUAUGGUUGGCAUGGGGAUGAUGGGCGGGAUACCUGCUGUUGUUGGUGGGAGUUGGAGGUGAGAUUAACGAGCGAAGACAAGGUGCCUCCCUUGCUGCCUCCGCCUCCUUCGAAUAGUUGCUUGUCAAGCAGGACAUGCCACGCCGAAUUGUUGUUU